AUGUCUGCAUCAGGGGCUGACAAUCAGGUUGGGUCACAAGCCCUCUCACUUCCAGACCUUUCUGGGGUAGUCCCUACCUCUACAGAAGCAAGAGUGAAUCGUCGCAUUGCUGCAUUGGAAGAGGAGCUGGAAAACAUGAGGCAAGAGAGAGGAAUCAAGCAGAGAUUUGAUAUAAAGACGACUUACUGUGUUGCUCAAGGUAGAGCAAUUUGUCGGAUGGUCGUGCUCUAUACCAGCUUGGAAGACUUGGUUGCCGAGAACGAUUGCAGAUACGAGGAGGGGAGCCCAGAGGAUAAUACCACGGAACAAGAUCGCCUGCAGCAUGGUUACAUUGUACUCAUGCAGGUUCUGCCAUGGCUACAUGCAAAACUUGGACAACUUGAUAUCGACGAAUGUCAAGAUAUGCUGAAACAACUCAAAAGAGGAGCAGAUGCGGCCCAUGGAGACGAUACAUCCACUCUCAAAGACCUCGUCGCUUCCUGGAUGCGCAGCUUUGUACACGACAUUUGUGGGAACUUACUCUGCCCUUCGGAGGUGAAAGCUGGGAUUCGUGACAGAACGGUAGACUACAUCGUAUCGGAAAACUUUUGGCCACUAUUCUUAUAUGAGAAAUACAUGGUCAACUAUGGCAACCUCGAGCAAGGCCUCUUCAAGUCCAAGAUUCUGGUUCAAGCUUUCAAAGCUAUAUUCACAUCACCCUCUUCCGCAAGAGAGGCUGACGGUGAUGGUGACAGAGCUGACAUCCUCGAAAACAACAGGCGUGCCCAGCGACAAUUAAAUCAGGCCAAGGUUAAAACUUGUGUGGCCUCCAUUAUCAACAUGAGGAAGGUCACUCCUCGCUCCAUCGCCUACGUUGUGUGCCAAGUUCGUUUCGCGCUGUCCAACAUCUUGUCUUGGCGCACCAUUGAUGGUGACUUCAACUAUGAAGGAUUCUGGAACAAUGUGGUAGACUUUUUCGAAGAUGUCCCAGGACCCAUCACACAACGUAGGGUGAACCUACUUCUCGAAUGGUGGACCAGGAAGGUUUUUGGAAACAACCAUCGUCAGGACCUAACACCAGAAGUCAUAUCUCAUAUGUCUGUUACCACACUCGCCCAACAGAGAAAGGAGCUGGAGGAUGCUAUUUUCGACUCGGAAUAA